AUGAAUCUGGGGCAGCUUCCCCUGCAUCUUCAAAUUGGUCAUUUACGCGAGAUUCUUUCGUCCAAUCGUACUCUCACAAGUGUGCUCACCCGUGCUGCCAGCCUCGGUUUACCCAAUUGGUACCUCGCUGGUGGCGCAUUGUCGCAGACAAUCUGGAACAGCGUCUCUAAACUCCCAUGUGAAACUGGGAUUCGCGACUAUGAUCUCGUCUACUACGACGCUUCAGACUUGUCGUACGAAGCAGAAGAUCUCUUCAUUCAGGCUGGGAAGCGGCACUUUGACGACAUGUCUGUAGAGGUUGAAAUCCGAAAUCAGGCACGUGUCCAUUUGUGGUAUGAGAAGAAGUAUGGGAUUCCAUGUCCACCACAUGCGAGUGUCGAGGCUGGAAUAGAUACAUGGAUAUCUACAAGCGCAAUGCUGGGCGUGAGGAUAGACGAAAUGGGAGAGUGGAUCGUCUAUGCUCCGCGAGGAUUGUCUGACUUUUUCAACCUGGUGGUGAGACCCAAUCCAGUGCUGGGGAAAAGAGACGCAUAUGACAAGAAGGUCAAGCGGUGGAAGGCGAUAUGGCCAAACCUUAUAGCCGAGCCGUGGCCGGCAGAUAUGCAACAAGCACCCUAA